UGAUUGCUUUUUUUGGUUGCUAUGAGUGUAGUAACUGAUGAUUAGACCCUGGUAGUUUAUGGUUAGGUCAUUACUGACCGUCCUUAACUUUCUCAACUAUUUAACAACCACCUUCUUUCACUCUUGUUUUCUAAAUCAAACUAGUCUCCGGUUUCUAUCGGGUCUCUCUUAUAUAAUCUCUUUUGUUGUAAUCGUUAUGGAUUCAAGGAAUCCAUUGAAUCCAUAUGGUCAGUCCCCUAGUUUAGUCGGCCUCCUUAAAAGUCAGAACUAUCCUUAUGAAAGUUACCAAGCGGGUGUCCACUUUGGAGAAUCACAACAGUCAUCAGAGAUCCCUCCUUUUAGUUCACAAGAAACCGAGACACCAGUGGGCUCUAAUAAGGAGAGAAAGAAGUGGACACCAGCUGAUGACGAGGUUAUAAUCAGCGCUUGGAUAAACACGUCUAAGGACCCGGUUGUAGGAAAUUCACAGAAGCUAGGGACUUUCUGGUCCCGAGUUGGUGAAUAUUAUGCUGUAUCUCCACAUGCAGUACAGAGUGGUGACCCAAGAGAGCAUCUCAAUAUAAAGCAGAGGUGGCACAAGAUUAACGAUUUCACUAACAAGUUUUGUGCUGCAUAUGCAGCAGCAGAGAGACAGAUCACCUCUGGUCAAAGUGAGAACGAUGUUUUCAAGGUCGCGCACGACAUCUACUUCGCUGAUCACAAGAAGAAAUUUACUCUAGAGCAUGCGUGGUGUCUUCUGAGGUUUGAACAAAAGUGGCUAAGCCUCAACACUCCUAGACCGAGUGGUACUUCUAAACGAAAAGGUUGUGAGACUCCUUGUCAGAGUACAAACACGACUGCUGCUGAUGAUGAGGUCCGGCCUGAAGGUAUAAAGGCGGCUAAGGCUAAAAGGAACACGGGUAAAGGAAAGUCAGUGGCUGAGUAUGCAACAAUUAUGGAUAUGAAGAGGGAAGAUUGGGAGAUGAAGAAGGAUGAUUUGGAUAGGAAGGAGAGACUAUCAAAGCUCGCUAUUCUAGACACUCUCUUAGCCAAAACAGAACCACUGAAUGUGGCUGAAGAAGUUGUCAAGAAUAAGCUACUAAACCUGUUGUUCUGAGAAAUAGUUCUUCGCUUGUUUUUAAAAAUGCUUGGUGUUUGCUUUUCUGCUUUUUUUUAAAUAUAUGUCUCUGUUUUAUUAAUGUAUGUGUUGAAGAUCAAUGUAUGUCUGUUUGUUCUCUGGUUGCAAUCUUGGUAUAAAUGCUUUGUGUUUGUUCCCUGGUUUGUAUUUCUAUUCUCAUCGUUCAUUAACCUUGGCCAUCUAAUUGUUUUUGCAGGUUUAGUAUCUAUGGGAAGGUACAGCUACAGCCAACCUUCAAGCUUGGAUCCGUAUGGUGACAGGGCUGACAGUGGGUACAGCGAGACGGAGGAGUUAAUCCGUCGUGACCAAGCUGAAAUAAGCUUGAAUUAUGGUGAAGUGGCUCAGUAUCCUCCGCAACCCGAGGUGGAGUUCGGUUUCCCACAGACUUGUUACUGUGGUGGUGAACCACGUUUAGCAACAUAAAGAUCAAGCACCGAUCCAGGGAGACUGUACUACACAUGCGACCACGUUGAUGAUGGCGAUUGCCAUGUAUGGAAGUGGUGGGACGUCGCCGUGAUGGAGGAGAUGAAGGCGAGGGAAAACCAGCUAUUUCUAUUAGAGGAAAAGGUAGAUAAUCUUAACUUAAUAUCUGACCUUGAGACAGAGGAGAAGCUAGUUAGACUAGAGAAGUUAGUUGAGGAGAAAUUAGCUAAGAAGAAAUCUAGUGUUAUCGGUGGGGUUGAAGUAGUUGUUGGUGUAAUGCUCAUAGUUUUAGUUGUAAUAGGUGUGUUGAUCGCCUUUAAGUGAUGCAAGACGAUGGUUGCGAGACUUGGCUAUGUUCUGUAAUGUCGUAUUAUCAUUAUCAACUUUCCUCUACGUGUUAUCAGCUUUGUAAUUCUUUGUAAGAGCAAAAAUGCUAUUUUAUCAAUGCUAUUUUGUAACUCGUGUUAUAGUACUAUUGAAUCAAUGCUAUUUUGUUUCUUUCCUCUACAAAUCCCGUGAACUUUAUAAAACCCCAUACCCGUGACCUUUAUAAAACCCCUUACCCGUGAAUUAUAAUCCAAAACAUCAUUAAAAUCCAAAACAUCACUCAUACCCGUGAAUCCACCCCGUGUAUAAUUUGAAAAGAAACACAACACGGGAAGACAUAUGCUUCUCUAUAAAUAUGAGAAUGGUUCGAUCAUUAUACAUAUACUCAUUUCAAUUCUCUAAAGCAAUUUCAUCUACUCAUUUCAAUACUAGAAUUUUUUUUCCCCUAAAAAUGGCAUCUUCAUCUCAUUACCAUUACCACAAAAAUGAUGACAAUGAUGAUGAAUUUGAAUCUGUCUUUGAAGAUUUAUUAGAAAUCCCUGAUAGUAUUCUGGAACCGAAAGAGCGGAAAAAACGUAUAUUUAUCGAGAGAGACCGGGAAGAAGGCCAUCGAAAGCUCUGGAAUGAUUAUUUUUCGGAAACUCCAACAUAUCCGCCCAAUAUAUUCCGGUGACGGUUUCGAAUGAGUAAGCCGUUGUUCAUGCGUAUUGUCCACCGUCUCUCUACGGAAGUUCACUAUUUUGCUCCUACAGAAGAUGCACUUGGAAGGUCAAGUCUAUCACCGAUCCAAAAAUGCACGGUAGCAAUUCGUCAAUUAGCAUAUGGUGGUGGGGCCGAUACGGUAGACGAAUAUGUUCGACUUGGUGAAACAACAGCUAGGAAUUGCUUGCACCAAUUUACUGCCGCAAUUAUCGACUUGUUUGGCGAUGAAUACCUAGGACGUCCAACACCGGAGGAUCUUGAAAGACUACUACAUAAGGGAGAACAACGUGGAUUUCCCGGGAUGAUUGGAAGCAUCGACUGUAUGCACUGGGAGUGGAAGAAUUGCCCCACCGCUGGCAUGGUAUGUAUUCACGAGGAACCGAUAAACCAACGAUUGUCCUCGAGGCCGUAGCUUCUUAUGACCUCUGGAUAUGACAUGCAUUUUUUGGAGCUCCAGGUACUAUGAACGAUCUAAAUAUUCUUGAUCGAUCACCUGUUUUUGAUGACAUUAUUAACGGAGUAGCUCCGGAAGUCAACUUCCAUGUUAACGGAAGGGAGUACAAUUUGACCUACUAUCUCACUGAUGGUAUUUAUCCAGAAUGGGCGACAUUUAUUCGAUCUAUCCGACUACCACAGGGUCCAAAACAUUCACUAUUUGCUACAGCCCAAGAAUCAGUCCGAAAAGACGUUGAGCGUGCCUUUGCAGUCCAACAAGCUAGAUUCGCCGUUAUUAAAAAUCCAUCUAGUUUAUGGAAAAAAUCGAAGAUAGCUAAUAUUAUGAGAGCAUGUAUCAUACUCCAUAAUAUGAUUGUCGAAGAUGAACGACGUACAGACGAUCAAGAUGAGACGUUUCAAGAUCAGGAUUUUUCAUUUUGCGUUAAGAUGCCUACAGAGAUUUUUAGUUCACUUGAUCAUCGAGCAAGAGUUCGGGGAAGACCAGUCCAUCAACAAUUGAAACAUGAUUUGAUCGAACAUAUAUGGGGUAGACCAGUCCAUCAACUUCGUAAUUUUUUUUUCAACUUUGUAAUUUUUUUUUCUACUUUGUAAUUUUUUUUUCAACUUUGUAAUGUUCAUAUGUUUAAUGUUAUUUGUUUUAUUAUAAAAUCCUACCAAACAAUUUACAAAAAAAAACAAAAUUUAAUAUUUUGCUAAGAACCUACCAAAACUUCUACCAAUAAUCUUUACUUUUACUCAUGUAUCUUACCAAAAUCUCUUAACCUAAUUAUAUUAUUAAAGUAAUACUAAGAUAUGCAAUUGCAUAUCUAGCAAUGCUGAUGCCCU